CCACUUCCAAAUAACCCCCGUUUUUCUUCUCCCCCCACUCUGCAUUUUCACGGUCAACAAUCCGGCCACCACCUCCGCCGUUGCUGCUCUGCUCUCUUAAGUUGUCAAACUGGCGAUCGAUAAUCAAGAAACCACCAUCGUCCGAGAAAUCAAACCGAAGAACCGUCGGAUUAUGGGUGCUGGUGGACCUGAUGAAGAAGAACAAAAGUGGCCUCCAUGGUUGAAGCCGAUGCUUCGAGAAAGCUUCUUUGUUCAAUGUAAACUGCACGCGGAUUCGCACAAGUCUGAAUGCAAUAUGUACUGCUUGGAUUGCAUGAAUGGCGCUCUAUGUUCUCUCUGUCUUAAUCACCAUAAGGAUCAUCGCGCCAUUCAGAUAAGGAGGUCAUCAUAUCAUGAUGUGAUCAGAGUAUCCGAGAUUCAAAAAUACUUGGACAUCAGUUCAGUCCAGACUUACAUUAUCAACAGCGCAAAAGUGGUCUUCUUGAACGAACGGCCACAGCCGAGGCCUGGCAAAGGUGUUACCAAUACCUGCGAAGUUUGUGAGCGAAGCCUUCUUGAUUCAUUCCGAUUCUGCUCGCUUGGUUGCAAGAUUGUUGGAACGUCGAAGAAUUUCGAGAGAAAGAGGAAGAUUAAGCCGGAGAAGAAGCAUUUAGUGUCAGAUUCAGAGGAUUCUUACAGCAGCAGCAGCAGCAGUCAUGGACGUGAGAGGAGUAACCGAUUCAGUCCGUCAACUCCACCGCCGACGGCGGCGAGCUUCAGGACGACGAAGAGGAGAAAGGGCAUACCUCAUAGAGCCCCAAUGGGUGGAAUUGUGAUAGAAUACUAAAAGAGCCCCUACACUUUAAGUUAAUUACCCAAAAGGUCCCCCUGAUACCUAGUGCUUUGAGAAAGGCCUGUGUGAGCGAGGGAAUUUACCAUUACAUCCUGUGCCUGUACAAAGAAGCAGCAUAUAGGUUAAUAGAGUAAUAGAAGGGCAAAAAUGGAAACAAAAUAAGAAAUAAGAAAAUGUGUAAAAGAUGAAACUUGAUAUAGUAGUUUUGCAUCUAGUGUAGGAAAAAUAAAUGUCAAAUAUUUGUCCAGAAUGGGUUAUGUUUGUUUUUGUCUCAUAAAAAAUCUUGUGUAC